AGACAUUUAUACCAAGACUUUCAUAUUAUACUGCCUGGAAAGUACAACAAGUAGAAGAACAACAUCAUGUCUGCUGGAUCAAAGAUUGAUGCUCGUUAUGCCGAGGAGGUGAGUGUUUUUGGCCCUCCAUUUGCUUAUUACAAGGACAGAACCGAAAGAGAGAGUCCAUCUUUAAAACUGUUCUUUGCUGGGUUCCUAAUCACUGUUGUGUGUGCACUCGAUUUCCUCCUUGCCACAAACAUCUUAAUCUAUGUCCGUACGAUGAAUCCAAAUGAUACAAGGGAUAUCUUUGUUCACAGUGCGAUUGUUGUUUUAUCCCUACUACUGAUCUGGGUGUCUUAUAAGUUCUUGUGCUGGUACAUUGCAAAGUUCCAGAUCACGGAUACAUUGAAGGAGCACAAGAUUUACAAGAAGAUUGCAAACGACGUUAUCGAACUCGAAAACCUUUUAACGUCCAGCAGCAGUGCACCUGACAGAAGACUUGAUUGAGGUGGUACUUACAGAAUACCUUUAUGGUUCAGAACGACGAUUUAUGGUAGGGGAAUGCUACAUUCGCUGUGUUUUGAUACACAUGUGUAUAACAGAAUACAGUCAGUUAUCCAUGUACACUUUGUACAUCCAUUGUGUAAGAUGAUAGUCUAUCUCGGCGCCACCAGUAAGCCAUGGCUUAACUGUGAGGUUGGGGUAUCAGCAAGCUCUACAUAAAUCUAAAGAG